AGAUAUUUAUUGAUUUAACAGAGUCUCAGGAUGUUUAACUGGGUGGUGAAGGUCGUGCCACAUCCUCCUGACACACAGGAGGAUCUGGGGGAGGAGGCGAUCACGGCGAAUGGGAAAACAUCAAAUCGAGAUAAGUUCAGUUCAUCCAAAACAGGCAGUAAGGAAGACCAGUCAUCUCAAACAUCAAAAGAUAGUGUUCAGAAUGCUAUGUUGAACUGGAUCUCCAAUGGUUUUGCCAGCGCACUGCCUCUGCCCGGGAGUCCACUUCUUACGAGAGCCAACUCUGAUGCAAAAGAUGAAGGGUCUGUAGACAGGGCUGGAGUUAUUGGCUGGAUCACACAGGGAAUUGGAGAAGUGGUCCCGCAGCCGGAUGAGAAAUACAUACAGGACAAGAGUCCAGAAUCUGAAGAAGUCACAGAGGUUUAUGAGGCAAAGGACCUCCCAGAUCAAGAGGCUUUACCACAUAUACCAGUAGUAGAACUGAUGUCAGAAGACGAGGCAUCUGAAGUGGAACCAACCGCUCAGUUCCCUCCUAAUGUAAUGAGCUGGAUAAAGAGCGGCUUCCAGAACGCUGUUCCGCACCAUGUGACCAGAUCCCCAAGUUCCACUUCUUCCACGCCAAGGUCAUCACAGUGCUCAAACAAAGGUAUUGUUCAAAUUGUACGAUACAUAAUCUUAUGCUACAUUUUCAAGCAUUGUAACUGUUUAGCUUCAUGUUUGGAUUGGUUCAGUUUAUUCACCUCCUCCAGAGUCAGAAACCAGCGUGACAGAGAUCGAUUCAAAAACUCCAAGGUGAGUCACGUCAAAUUUGAUGAACUCUUUUGCAAAACUGGCAUGGAUGUCCACUUGAUGUUCCCUCUUGUUUCCAGUAUGAUCGGUUGGAUUGUUCAGGGUCUGGGUCUUUCAAUGCCACAACCAGUGCUUAAAAACAAACAAGGCAGUGUUCUGUCAGCUCCUACAGACCUCAUUCUUGAAGAGGUUGACUCUGAAGAUGAGGCUCAAGAAAAGGAAUCAUGUCCAACCGCGAACUCACCGCCAAAUUCACAACCUCAGUCCCAACCACAAACACCCUGGUCACCAGAACAAACUCUUCCACUGAGUGCCACCACACCCUCACAAGCACACAUAGAACUGGAGGACGCAGAGUCCCAAACUGCACGGUGGACACCUAUGAUUGAGAGCAUCAGGAGAGAGGCAGAGGACACCGCUAUAUUAAUUAUGGACGAACGGAAGAACCAGAGCCUAAAUCUGAAUCUGAACCUGAGCCUGAGGAGCUUCAUGAGAAGGAGGAUCCCAGGAACUCCAGUGAACCUGAAGAAGAACCUGAGCCGAUCACCCAGCAACCUCAGUCCAUUACCAGCACCUCUUUUUCACGAACUGAUUCACCGCUCUGUCCUAGACCUGCCCAAUGUGCCCUCUUACCCCCGUCUUCCACCCAUCACCCCUUCCAAGCAGUUGUCAGGCGUCUCCAACCCUGUCUUCCACAUUGAGGAUGACCCCACCUCUGCUAGACCCUCAGUGAGCUCCAGACUGAGGGUGCACCCAGCCGUGAAUGUGGAAGAUGUCGACUCCGACCGAGGCAAAAUAAGAAGAUCUCAUCCCAUACCACCAAUAAUAAACCCACAGGACCCCAACCUCAAAACCCUCACUGUCCCUGGUGCCCGUAAAGCUAAUCGGACAAGAGAGAGAAAACCACAGACAGUUUGGACCAAGAUCAAGAGACUUUACUCACAAGAUGAUGAGGAAAAGGAGAAGUUAGAAACUGCAGUCCAAGUCUUGCGAAACCAGAGUACCAUCUCAAGUGCAGAUGAUGGGCUAAAUCAACGAGCAUCCUCUUCAGCCAGCCAAACUGGUACUGUAGUAAAUGAGAGGUUACAGGAGCUGGUCAAGCUGUUCAAAGAGAGAACAGAGCGAGUUAAAGAGAAGCUGACUGAUCCAGAUAACUCUGAUGAUGAAACACCACCCGACUCCCCAGCUAAGCAAGCUCCAGCUCCUCCUCCUGAACCUCCUGCAGAGCAGACAACAGAGCAGGAGGAAUCUGAAGCCCCUGGUGAGAAAGAAGAGGAGAAAACAAAGCUCCUGUGGUGUAAAGUGAAACCUCAAUCCAGGACUAGUCGGCUUCUGCAGUACCGUUUUCCAUCCAGUAUCGACCCCUUCACUAAUCUGAUCUACGUACUUUGGCUGUUUUGCGUGUCUUUGGCGUUUAACUGGAACGCGUGGAUGAUUCCUGUGCGUUGGGCAUUUCCAUAUCAAACACCAGAUAACAUCCAUGUGUGGCUGUUGAUUGAUUACUUAUGUGAUGCCAUCUAUAUACUGGACAUCCUGACCUUUCAACCCAGACUGCAGUUUGUGCUUCAUGGAGACAUUGUGACCAGCAAGAAAGAGAUGAGAAAUAAUUACAUCAAAGCUGUACGAUUCAAGCUGGAUGUGGUCAGUCUGCUUCCUCUGGAGCUUUUUUACUUCAAAACAGGGAUUAAUCCACUUCUCCGCUUGCCCAGGAUCCUGAAGUUUAUGUCUUUCUUUGAGUUUAACAAGCGUCUGGAAUCUAUACUGACCAACGCUUACGUUUACAGAGUUAUUCGAACCACCACCUACCUACUUUAUGCUGUCCACUGCAAUGCCUGUCUGUACUACUGGGGCUCUUCAUUUGAAGGUCUGGGUUUCUCAGAAUGGACCUAUGAUGGGAAAGGCAAUAAUUAUUUUCGCUGCUACUACUUUGCUGUGAAGACUUUGCUUACCAUUGGUGGCCUGCCAGAACCCACAACACUUUUUGAGAUUGUGUUUCAGCUCAUCAAUUACUUUAUUGGAGUGUUUGUGUUCUCCAUCAUGAUUGGUCAGAUGAGAGAUGUUGUUGGUGCAGCGACUGCGGCUCAGACAAACUAUCGUGCCUGUGUGGAUAACACAGUGAAGUACAUGGCUUCCUACCGCAUCCCUAAAGAUGUGCAGAACAGAGUGAAAACCUGGUACAGCUACACCUGGCAGUCCCAAGGCAUGCUGGAUGAACAAGAACUACUGGAUCAACUACCUGACAAGAUGAGGCUGGAUAUAGCAGUGGACGUCAGCUACAACAUUAUUAGUAAAGUGCCACUCUUCCAGGGCUGUGAUAGACAGAUGAUCUUUGACAUGCUGAAGAGUCUCAAAUCAGUGGUGUACCUUCCAGGAGACUAUGUCUGCAAGAAGGAUGAAGUGGGCCGUGAGAUGUACAUCAUAAAGGCAGGGGAAGUCCAGGUAGUCGGUGGCCCUGAUGGAAAGACAGUUUUUGUGACCCUGAAAGCAGGAGCUGUGUUUGGAGAGGUCAGCUUGCUUGCUGUGGGCGGAGGAAACCGGCGGACAGCUAAUGUCGUAGCAUGUGGUUUUGCUAACCUUCUAAUCUUGACCAAAAGGGACCUGAAUGAAAUCAUGGUGCACUAUCCACAGUCCCAGAAACUGCUGUGCAAGAAAGCAAGGAAAAUGUUGAUGAAGGAUAAAAAGCCUGCUGAGAAGAAAGAGGAAGAAAAGGAGCCCAUCCCGAUCAUUCCUCCUCCUGCCGAGACGCCCAAACUGUUAAAAGCAGCGCUAGAGCUGACAGAGAAAUCCGGAAUUGAAGGGACAUGGUCCAAACUUAAGGGUAGGACCAACAGAUCGAGUGUCUCCUCGCAGCACUCCUUCUCUUCUUCUGCGGCACCUGACUCACCAGUCCAUGAACCGCACUCAGAUCAAGACGCAGAUACUCUGUCUCAGAUAUCAGACAGCUCACUACAGAUCCCCACGACCCCCACCAGCGCUGGAGACGGGAAUGUAUUUGCUGAAGAGGGUUCGGUGGAGGAGGAAACUAAAUAGCAAAGAAGGAAUCUAGUGGCAAAUAAAGCAGCCAUGAAAUAACCCAGACAUCUGAGACCAUCAAAAUAAUUUGCAGGAUACUAUUGUGCUCAGUGUUUUGCUUCUGAAACGGGUCAUGAGGUCAGGUACAGUCAGUGAACUCAGGAAUGCACAAAACUGUCUUCUCGUUUAGUUUUCUCAUUCAUAAUAUAUACUAAUGAUACAAUAAUAAGCAGAAUAUAACUUCUGAUACAUCAAUAAGCUAACAUACUAGCAUAAACCAUGAGGUCGACCCAGGAUGUCCGGUUGCUUUUAGCUUUGGUCUUUGGUUUGAUAAGUGCCUUAAUAAACCCUAAACUUUGCACUGUACACACCCUCAGUGCUCACUGCUAUAUGACCGCAUAUAUUUUUAGCAUUAUGUAGCAUUUAUUGCCAGUUUUAUGCCAGUGUCCUGAGGAUUCACUUAAUAACACAAUGAUUUUCAGCUGUUUGGCCUGUUUGAAGCAGAGUAGGUCUAAACUUAAGAUGUUAUAUUAAUAUGAUAUGCACAAAUACUUUGUAACAUUUUCUGUGAAUAAACUGCAUCUUUUGGAAUUAUUGUUAUUCCUUCAGGUUGGUUAGUUUCUCUGUGCAACAUCUGUCUGCUGUGCUGAAGACAAUGGUUUCAAAAUGUGAAAUACAAGUGAUUUUAUUCUUUUGUUCAUGAUGUCCAGAUGUAGCGGAAAAAGCUUUUUUUGUUGUCGUUUUUUUUUUCACAAUGUGGAAAGAUUUCGCCGACAUUAACGAAACAAAAUCAAAUAGUUAACAGCUUUUCAGAACCAAGAAUAGAUGGGCAGAAGGUUUGUAAAUUUAAAUUGCCUUUUUUAUGUAAACUCUCUUUGAUUAGUUGUUUUUAAUCGUUUUCUUGUUUUUAUAGCUUCCUUGAUACAGAAGUGUGCAUCAAAGACUGGGAAUUUAGUUGUUCUUAUUGGACAAUCACAUGUAAAUGGCAUAUAUACUUUUGAGCUAGCAGCUAGACAUGGCAUUUUGUACAAGCUUUAUGAGUAUGUGAAAAUGUUAAUUGCUGAUACUGUUAAUUAUUUAUGUUAUAUUGCUGUUGCAGAAUGUUAAAUAUGUGUUUAGUUCAUUCUUAGUAGCUGAAAUGUUUUAUGGGCUGAGAGACUCAACUGUAAAUAAUUCAGAUAACUGUAAAUAAUAAUAGUACUCCAAGUCAAUGUUGAGUGAGUUGAAAUGACUUGGCUAGCGUGAAAUUGUGUCACAGAAUUAAAAUAAACGAUUGUAUGUCUGUCUGUUUA